AUAAUCCCACAUCAAACACAAACCCAAUUUUCCAAACACAACAAACAAACAAACAACACAAAAGGAGAAAAAAAAAUGAGACCUAUUUCCAAAACAAGCACCACCAGCACUACUACUACUACUACUACUAAAUUAGCACCUAUGGCAACACCAACAAAAAUUGGUAACACUAAUAAUUACUCAUCACCAUGGCACACACCAAUUCCUUACCUCUUUGGAGGCCUUGCUGCCAUGUUUGGCCUCAUUUUCUUUGCUCUAUUGGUGCUUGCUUGCUCUUAUUAUUGCAAACUCUUUGCUCAACAACAACAAAAUGGUGACAACAAUAACAACAAUGUUGGAGAUUUGGAGAAAGAGUGUGAUGAAACUCAAAGGAACGAAACCUUUAAGGCCUAUGAGGAGAAGGUGUUGGUGAUCAUGGCUGGCAAUGAAAAACCAACCUUCUUGGCCACCCCAGUUUUUCCAAACUAUGGAAAACAACUUAUUUGUCAGGAUUGUGGCUCAAAGAUUGAAGCUUUUGAUGAGGUUUCUGAUAAUGUGUCUGAAAAAGACCACAUCAUCAACAAGGACAACCGUGUCGACAACGUUGUUGUCCAUGUUGCUGCAGCUGCUACUACUACUCUGCCACAAGAGAAUCAAGAACAUGAACAAGAAGAAAAUCAGUGAGAAAUUGAAAUUGAUAUAUAAUUUGUUUCCUUCUUUUUCCUUUUUAUUUGAUAGUAGAAUUAAGAAAGAGGUGGUAGUGAUGAUGGGGAAUAGGAUUCUUCUUGUUGGACCAUUUUUUUUUUCAAUUUUAAUUUUCUGGGUUUUGGGGUUUUAGGCCUUAUUAUUAUGGCACUUCAAGUAUUCCGGAACCAGAAGUGUAAAUUUAAGGUGAGCUAAAUUGAGAAUUGAGGGAGUAUAGUUAAAGUUUCAUUUUGAUCUAAGUGCCCAAUUUUCUCAUAUCUUUUGUGUUGAUCAAUUGUAGUUUGUAGAUUUCAGUUACUGUAACUUGGCCACCAUUGCCACAUUAUUGAGUUUGAGAAUCAAGAAAUUAUUCCCCACUA